AUGCGCAACCUCCUCGACUCCGAGCUCGACGGGACGAACGCGGCGCAUCGACUGCGGCUGCCGCCGCCGGUGACGCCGCUGUGGGAGGAUCGGCUGUUUAUCGGCGGCUUCCCCGGCGACGAGGCGCUUGAGAUCCUGCGAGCGGAGGGCGUUCGGCACCUCAUUAAUUGCUGCUCGCAGGACUCCCAGAACGACCCAGUCGUCGCGGCGGAAUUUAACAUCCACAAUUUAGAAUGCUACGAUCGACCCGAUUACCUCAUUUUGCAUCACGAUUAUGACCCUUUCAGGAAUUUGAUGAUGCAGAUCCUGAAGAGGCAGGAAAAGGUCUUCGUGCACUGUAUCGGCGGCAUCAAUCGAAGCGUGACGCUGUGCUGCGCCUUCCUUGUGGACCUGUUACAAAUUAGUCCCGUUGCUGUCAUCAAGACGCUUCGAAAAAGUGGACGAAUGUAUAUCUUAGACAAUAUCGGAUUCAGACAUCAACUGGUGGACUUUUACUUCCAGGUAGUCCUUCCUCGUGUUAAUGAGGAGUAG